CUGGGCGGGGUGUGGGCGGGGCCAAGCAGGUCCAGGCUGCUAAACCCCCAGGCACUCGCGGGGCCUAGGCACCAUGGGGCUGCCAGCGGCCUUGUGUGGGCUCGCGCUGCUCUGUGAGCUGAGCUUUGGCCGAUGCCUUGCCGAGGGGCCCUGUGGCCCAGGCCGCUUCCUCAACGGGACAGGGACCAACCUGAGGUGCUGCAGCCUGACUGCCCCGGGUGAGGCGAGCAAGACCUAUGCUAUAAGGGACUGUGAGUGUGUCCAGCCGGAGUACCACUGCGGUGACCCAGACUGCCAGACCUGCAAGUACCACCCUUGUCCGCCGGGCAUGGAGGCACAGCCGAAAGGGAAGCUCAAAUAUGGCUUCACAUGUGUCAACUGUGCUGUGGGGACCUUCUCCCAGGACCGUCAGGGCCGCUGCAAACCUUGGGCAGACUGUGGCCAGUUUGGGUUUCUCACGAUGUUCCCUGGAAACAAGACCCACAACGCAGUGUGCCUCCCAGGGCCACUGCCCCUGGAGCUGCACAGCCAGCUGACUACUGUCCUCCUUGUCGUGGCCUGCUGCCUCCUUGUCCUGACCACCAUCCAGCUGGGCUUGCACAUCUGGCAACUAAGGCAGCAGCCUGCGUGGCCCCGAGGUCAAGACCCAGCCACAGCUGGAGGUACUGCCGCCACCACCUGCCGAGGACACCUGCAGCUGCCAGUUCCCUGAGGAGGAGCGGGGGGAGCGGCUGGAGGAGAAGGGCCGGCUGGGGGACCAGUGGGUAUGAGGCCUGGCCAUCCCCAGGAGCGGCUGCACCCAAGCCAGGCCCUCUGGAGCUCAUCCAGGCCAACCUGGAGCAAGUCCUCUGCUUUGGGCCCGGCCCUGCUCCCUGUGAUGGUGGAAGUGGGCGGAGGACAGGGCCAGUGCUGCAACCCCAGCUACACAGAAGGGGGUGGCCAUGGUGGGGCUCUGUGGCAGAGACAGUGCCACAGUUGCUCUCCCUAACAGUGCGGCCCUCUGGGCCCACCCUGGCUGCAGCCCUGUUCUCAAUAAACACUUGUGUAGUGACUAA